AUGUUUCGUGGGCUGCAGCCCAUCAGAUCGCAGAUUAUACCUGGCAACACUGUAUCACAAUCAGGUGUCUCGCAUGGUUCGCGGGCCUCAAAACUACAAUUCUUCCGGACGAAUACAACUAUGGCAGCUGCGAAUGGCGCCGCUGGCGCGACCGCGAAGACUUUGAAAUUGGAAAAUACCGAGAAGAGAGACACCCUAAUUAAAAUCGAAAAAAGAUACCAAAAGAAAUGGCGAGAAAGCAAAGUUUUCGACUCCAACGCUCCCACAACCUCCGAGAUACCCACGGGCUCGAUCCUUCCAGCCGAGUUGCGGAAGAAGCACCCCAAACACUUCGCCAUUUUCGCAUACCCGUACACGAAUGGCCUUCUACAUGCCGGGCACAGCUUCACCAUCAGCAAAGUCGAAUUCACGGCUGGCUUCGCGAGAAUGGAGGGGAAGCGAGUCUUAUUUCCUGUAGGGUUUCACCUAACCGGCAUGCCCAUCAAAGCAUGUGCAGACAAAUUGGCAGAAGACGUUCGGAAGUUUGGACAGAACUUUGAGAAUUAUGAAGAGGAGGAUGCAGACCAGACGGUGACGGCGCCAGCGCCAACGCAGGCAGAGACAAAAGAAGACAUCACAAAGUUCACUUCGAAGAAGGGAAAGGCCGCAGCGAAGACAGUUAAGAUGAAGUACCAAUUUCAGAUCAUGCUUGCAUUAGGAGUACCAAAAGAAGAGAUACACAGAUUCGCCGACGCACAUUACUGGCUGCAAUACUUCCCACCAUUGUUGAAACAGGAUCUGAACAACUUUGGGGCUCGGAUAGAUUGGAGACGAUCAAUGGUCACGACUGAUGCUAAUCCAUACUAUGAUGCUUUUGUACGAUGGCAGAUGAACCGUUUACACGAGCUGAAAAAGAUACAGUAUGGUAUUCGUUAUACGAUCUAUUCGCCAAAAGAUGGACAGCCGUGUAUGGAUCAUGACAGGGCAGAGGGUGAAGGUGUAGCUCCACAGGAUUACACUGCUCUCAAAUUGAAAGUUAAGGAAUGGGCGCCGAAAGCUGCAGAGAAAAUAAAGGGCAAGCUCCCAGAUGGAGCGCAUGUGUACUUCGUCCCUGCAACUCUUCGGCCUGAAACGAUGUAUGGACAAACUUGCUGCUUUGUGGGACCUAAAAUCGUCUAUGGCGUGUUUAAAGUUUCUGACAACGAAUACUACGUAGUUACUAAACGGGCUGCUUGGAAUAUGGCAUUUCAAGGAACCUUCUUUAAGAGUGACAAGUUCGCACGAGAUGCUGGCGAGCUUCAUCCUGUUCUCGAGCUGACCGGCGCGGAGGUAGUUGGUACCCUUGUCAACGCGCCAUUGUCGAUACAUAAGCAAGGUGUGCGGAUCUUGCCUAUGGAAUCCGUUCUUCCGUCCAAAGGCACCGGUGUUGUGACUUCUGUUCCUUCUGACAGCCCUGAUGACUACGCUACGGUCACUGAUCUGGCGAAGAAAGCCGAAUACUACGGCAUAGAGAAGGAGUGGGCUCAGCUCGAGAUACCACCCAUCAUUCAGACACCGUCGUAUGGGAAUAUCACUGCUAAAUUUCUCGUGGAAAAGAUGAAGAUCAACUCGCCAAAGGAUGCAAAGCAGCUUGCAGAAGCGAAAGAUCUGGCCUAUAAGGAAGGGUACUACAAGGGUAGAAUGCUAAUUGGGGACUUCAAAGGCGAAUCCGUCGAGGCAGCGAAGCCUAAAGUUAGAGCGGCCCUGAUUGAGAGUGGUGAAGCUUUCGAGUAUGCAGAGCCAAACGGUCAUGUCGUUAGUCGUAGUGGUGAUGAAUGCGUCACUGCAUAUCUUGGUCAAUGGUUUCUGAACUACGGAGAGAACGACCCUCAAUGGCGAGAUACUGUCCUCGACCAUGUAAAGAACGACAUGGAGACUUACAGCUCAGAGACACAGAAUGGGUUCGAAAAGAACCUUGAAUGGCUCAAUCGGUGGGCAUGCGCUAGAACAUAUGGACUUGGGUCAAAGCUUCCUUGGGACCCCAAGUUCCUUGUGGAGAGCUUGAGCGACAGUACGAUCUACAUGGCCUACUACACUAUCUCGCAUCUGCUACAUGGCGACAUCUUUGGCAAAACACCUGGAAAGCUGGACAUUAAACCACACCAAAUGAUCGACGAAGUCUGGGACUAUAUAUUCUGCCGGCGGGAACUCAGCGAGGAGCUCUUGAAAGACUGCGGCAUCAAGAAAGCAGAUCUGGAGACCAUGCGAAGAGAAUUCGAAUAUUGGUAUCCUCUGGAUAUGAACAGCUCUGGCAAGGACCUAAUCCCCAACCAUCUCACCUUCUUCCUCUACAUCCACAUCGCGCUCUUUCCCAAGGAGUUCUGGCCGCGAAGCGUACGAGCAAAUGGCCACUUGCUACUCAAUGGCGAUAAGAUGAGUAAGAGCACAGGCAAUUUCAUGACUUUGAAUGACGCAGUGGAAAAGUACGGCGCAGAUGCAUGUCGGAUAGCUCUAGCAGAUGCCGGGGACGGAGUCGAAGACGCAAACUUCGAGGAGGCAGUCGCUAAUCAAAUCAUCCUGCGAAUGUAUACCUUGAAAGAAUGGUGUGAAGAGGUUGUCAACGACAAGAGUCUCCGAACAGGCGAAGCCAACGAACUCUGGGACCAGCUCUUCGACAACGAGAUGAACACUCUCGUCCACGAAGCCCGACAGCACUACGAAGCAACCGACUACAAAGUCGCCCUCAAAUCUUCCCUCUACGACUUCACCUCAGCCCGCGACUUCUACCGCGAAGCCACCACCGCCGCCUCCCUCCCCAUGCACUCAUCCCUCAUCCACAAAUACAUCACCCUGCAAGCCCUCCUAAUUACCCCCAUCGCCCCUCACUGGGCCGACUAUAUCUGGUCCGAAGUCCUCAAAAACUCCGCCCCAAGCACGAUUCAAAACGCCCUCUGGCCCGACAUUCCCACCCCUAAUCCUUCGUUGACGGCGGCGAGAGAGUAUGUAAGGGCUACGAGCAGCGCGAUUACGAGUGCGGAGGCGGCGCAGCAGAAGCGGAAGGAGAAAGGGAAAGUCAUCUCUUUUGACCCUAAAUUACCUAAAAAACUUACCAUUUUCUACGCGGCGAGUUACCCAGCCUGGCAAGACGCAUAUCUCGGAAUCGUCCGCGAGUCCUUCAACGGCAUGAGCUUCGAUGAGAAGAACCUAAACACCAAAGUACAAGCCAAGGGCAAAGCGGAAAUGAAACGCGCUAUGCCGUUCGUGCAACAUCUCAAAAAGCGCUUGAUGGGUGGGGAGAGCCAGGAGGUGGUGUUUGAUCGGAAACUGGUGUUUGAAGAGGGCGAGGUGCUGGAGAAGAUGGUUAGGGGAUUGAGCCGGACGACGGGGUGUAAGGUCAUUGAAGUUGUGAAGGUGGAGGGAGAGGAGGGGGAGAAAGUGGGGGUGACUACGGUCGGAGAGGGGGAUGGAGGGCGGAGAGAACAGUUGCCGUCAGUUGCGGGACAGGCGACGCCAGGGAGUCCGAGUUUUCAUUUUGAGAACAUUGAGGGAUGA